AUGCUUAUUACAAGUAUUCUCGUUUCAAUUUGGCUUAAUCUAUUCGAUAAAUAUCAUACAUUUCUAUUUUGUAUAAUUUUUAGUUUUGUGUUCACUAUUGAAAUUUAUAUUGCUCUUGUUUUUAUUUCUACUUAUUUAUCAUUAACUUGGUUUCAUAGAUAUAAUAAUUCAUCUAUUCACUAUCCAUUAAAAUUUCUUUGGUCUUAUCUAGCAAAUCGAUCAGUAUCGAAUCAACAAAAUCAUUCUUUAUUAUCGAAUGAAUAUAUUUCUGAAAUAUCCAAUGUUUCGCUACAAAAUCCAUUUCGUCGUUUGAUGCUUUUAAAAAUACACAAUUUAUUUCGAAAGACACCAUUUAAUACAAAUAAGGAUUCUGAUAAUAAUAAUAAUAAACAUAAAUAUAGAUUGUUUGAUUAUCGGUGUCCUAUUUGCUUUAAUAAUACACAAGCUGCAUUUCGGUGGAUCGCACUUGGCUGUGGUCAUAUUUUAUGUUCACUAUGUACUCAACAUCUUUAUUUUGGUAACAAACCAAUGUGUCCUAGCUGUCGGUCACCUAUUAUUCUUGCUGAUGUAACAAUUCUUUACAUUUGA